AUGUCGACAGAUAAAGUUACUGUGGAAUUCACUGAAGAUGGAUUUGCUAUCCUGACGAUGAGAAAUGGUCAGAAUCGUUUGAAUAGCAAGUUUAUACAGCUUCUCAAUGAAAACCUCGAUAAGGUUCUCAGAAAUAAAAACUGCAAAGGUUUGAUAACAACUGGUGAAGGUAAAUUCUACAGCAAUGGUGUAGAUUUAGAAUGGAUGAUGAAACAGAACAAAGAAGUUCAUUUGAAUUUCCGCACCGAAAUCCAGGGUUUGUUUUGGAGAAUCCUUCAUUUUCCACUCCCGACAGUUGCUGCACUUAAUGGCCAUGCAUUUGCUGGUGGUGCUUUUUUGGCUAUUGCGCAUGACUACCUUGUGAUGAAUUCCAAAAAAGGCUGGUUUUCCAUGAAUGAAACACGUGUUGGGAUGCGCAUUCCCCCUGCUACGCUGGAGGUCCUCAGUGUAAAAAUGAAAAACAAACAAGCAGUACGAGAGGCAGUCCUGUUCGCCCGAUCAAUACCAGCCAGUGAAGCCAAGAGCCUCGGUCUGAUCGACGAGGUGGGAGAGUUAUCUACCCUUAUAGAAACCGCCAAGAAAUUGAUACUCGGAGCUUUGGGCCCAACUGGCCUCGACCGCGAUAUGCUUCAAGUGAUGAAGAAAGAUUUAUACCCUCGAACUCAAUUGGACAAUGGAAACACGAAAUCAAAGUUAUGA